UGUCACUUGUUUCAUUGCUAGAGAGAGAGAUUGUAAAAAAAAUAAAAAAAUCUGAGAUAAUUUUUUUUGUUAUUGAGGUUGCUGGAAUCUAGAUCACCUGUUUUGAAUCAGUCUUACCCAAAAACCCUAACUCUCUCUCUCUCUCUCUCCAAUUUAAUUCUUAAUUGAAUUUUUCAAAGAGCUUGAAAAGCUUCGAUUUGCUAUUUUUUUUUUUUUCUGUGUGAGCUAAAAAAAACUCUGUACAAUCGAAUGAGAUGCACUGUGUUUGAUUGGAUCGGGGAUUUGUUGGAGAUUUGAUGGAAGUGAAGCUUUAUUUUCUGGGAAUUUCAUGGAGGUUGUUGUAGUUCAGUAUUGCUCUUUUUGUUCUAGGUUCUUUGUUAAUCUCCAGUUUCGAUUCUUCAUUUCCUGGGUUUUGUUGAUUCUAUUGUGGUGUGGAGCUGCUGAUGGGAAAGCCAGGCAUCAUCAUCAUCAUCAUCAUCAUCAUCGUCGAGUGCCUUUGCAAGGUGUGGAAAGUGGAGUUGAUGGAGUCUCUUCUCAUUCGUGUAUCCAUGAUCAGAUUAUAGAGCAGAGAAAGAGACCGGGUAGGAAAGUAUAUUCAGUUACUCCUCAGGUUUAUCAUGAGCCAACAAGUGCUGCAAAAGCUCAUAAUGGGAGAGUAUUGCUUAGUGUUUCUGAGGAGGAGGAGAAGGAUGUGAAACAACCUAUUAGGAUUUACUUAAAUUAUGAUGCUGUUGGUCACUCACUUGACCGAGAUUGCCAAAGAGUUGGUGAUAUUGUGAAGUUGGGUGAGCCUCCUUCAAGUACUUUCCGAUAUGUAGAGGAGGGUAUUGCUAAUACUGAUUUAGUCCUAUUGGUAACCACAAGACCCACUACUGGUAAUACCCUUGCGUGGGCUGUAGCUUGCGAACGUGAUCAAUGGGGACGUGCGAUUGCUGGGCAUGUCAAUGUUGCUCCCCGCCAUUUGACUUCAGAAUCUGGGACGUUGCUUUCAGCAACUCUCAUUCAUGAGGUUAUGCAUGUCCUUGGCUUCGAUCCACAUGCCUUUGCUCAUUUUAGAGAUGAAAGGAAAAGAAGACGCACUGAGGUCACUGAGCAACAAAUGGAUGAAAAGCUUGGCCGGUUAGUGACACGCGUAGUGCUUCCACGGGUUGUCAUGCAUUCGCGGCAUCACUACGGAGCAUUUUCUCAAAACUUCUCGGGUCUAGAACUUGAGGAUGGAGGCGGACGUGGCACAUCGGGUUCCCACUGGGAAAAAAGACUACUUAUGAAUGAGAUAAUGACUGGAUCAGUGGACACACGAUCAGUCGUUUCAAAAAUGACUCUAGCGCUAUUAGAGGAUAGUGGCUGGUAUAAGGCUAAUUAUAGCAUGGCAGACCGUCUUGAUUGGGGUCGGAACCAGGGGACCCAGUUUGUCACAUCUCCAUGUAACAUGUGGAAAGGUGCUUACCAUUGUAACACAUCCCAACUAUCUGGCUGUACAUACAACAGAGAGGCCGAAGGUUACUGCCCAAUUCUAAGCUAUAAUGGAGACUUGCCUCAGUGGGCUCGUUACUUUCCACAGCCUAACAGAGGAGGCCAGUCUUCCUUAGCAGAUUAUUGUACAUAUUUUGUUGCCUAUUCAGAUGGGUCUUGUACGGAUAUAAAUAGUGCACGUGCGCCUGAUAGAAUGUUGGGUGAAGUGAGAGGGAGUGAAUCCAGGUGUAUGGCCUCAUCUUUAGUGCGUACUGGGUUUGUUCGUGGCUCCAUGACACAGGGGAAUGGUUGUUAUCAGCAUAGAUGUAGAAAUAAUUUGUUGGAGGUUGCUGUGGAAGGAGUAUGGAAGUACUGUCCUCAAGAUGGUGGACCAAUUCGAUUUCCCGGUUUUAAUGGUGAAUUAAUUUGUCCGGCUUACCAUGAACUCUGCAGUACAUCUGUAGUUUCUGUGCUUGGCCAAUGUCCUAGCUCUUGUAACUUUAAUGGAGAUUGUGUUGAUGGGAAGUGUCGUUGUCUCCUUGGUUAUCACGGUCAUGACUGUAGAAACCGUUCAUGCCCUAAUAAUUGCAAUGGACAUGGAAAAUGCACUACGCAGGGUGUUUGCAUAUGUGAAAAUGGAUUUACUGGAAUCGACUGUUCCACUGCUGUUUGUGACGAACAAUGCAGCCUACAUGGAGGAGUCUGUGAUAAUGGGGUUUGUGAGUUCCGUUGCUCUGAUUAUGCUGGCUACACAUGUCAGAACAGCUCUAAACUAGUUACGAGUUUAUUGGUGUGCAAAGAUGUGUUGGAAAGAGACAUAUCAGGGCAACAUUGUGCUCCAAGAGAGCCUAGCAUUCUUCAACAGCUUGAGGAAGUCGUGGUCAUGCCCAACUACAAUCGGCUCUUUCCGGGUGGGGCUCGAAAGUUAUUUAAUAUUUUCGGUAACAGCUACUGUGAUGAGGCAGCUAAAAGACUAGCCUGUUGGAUAUCGAUCCAGAAGUGUGAUGUCGACGGAGACGACAGACUACGGGUAUGCCAUUCAGCAUGUCAGUCCUACAAUAUGGCGUGUGGGGCUUCUUUAGACUGCUCUGAUCAAACCCUUUUCAGCACCGCAGAAGAAGGGGAUGCUGAAUGUACGGGGUCUGGCGAAAUAAUAUCGCCAUGGUUUAGCCGUUUGUGGAGUAGAUUUGUAGCAAGUUAACUAGGAACAAUUCGUGGAUGAGAAAGAAAGAUUUGUGUGUACAAGGUAGAUAGUGAGGCAGAGUAUUAUUUUCCAAGCUGUAAUUUUUUUCUAGGGUUUAUGAGGGGAAAGAUCCGUGUUUAAGUUAGGGGUCUUGCCUUAGCCCACCCUCAUAGGUGAAUUAGAUUGUCUUUGUCUGUCUUUCGAGUGAAAAUGCAAUAUGUAUUCGAAUAUAUAUUAUAGAUAAAAAGGGAUAUAUAGGCCGAAGGCCUUCCAUGAGAAAAAAAAAAAAAGUAAAUUUAUUUGAUUGUCAUCUUUGUAACUC